GGACGGUCAUCCCAUCCCUCCUCUGCCGCCUGGCUUGCAGUCCCUCAAUUCUCGUUUCUGUCAGUUCCCCUCGGGCCUUGCGUUGCAAGGAAAGGCUUUUCUCAACAGGCUGAAAAUGACUUUUCCUCCUUCUGUCCCAGAAGCCCAGAGUCAGUGAGCCCCUGCACUAGGUGGUCGUCUAUCCUGUGCUCGUAGGCCCCCACUUUUGGCUUCAUCGAAGAGGUGCCCACUGGCAACCCCACGCUGAUUGUCCUGCAGGAGGGCAGCCUGGAAGCCAUGACCCUGGAUGUCCUUGCAAAUUUUCAUGUGGGUUUUAUUAGGUUAACUGGAAAAUCCAAGGUCACCAGAAAGGUGAAAUGAAUCCUUUUUAAGGAGCCCUGCAGAGCCCUAGGUCUCCAUGGAUGUCGGUAACCCAGCCAGCGUCUUCUGAGGUGUGGCGGGAAAGCAGCAGGAAGCCCAGAGGCCUCACCAGGUGAUGGAUCUUCUGGCCAAGACCUCCCAAAUGGGCUCUUUCCAGCCCCAGGACAGAUUUCUUCUCCUUUAGGAAGAGAAACUUUCUCUCUGAAUACCACACAAGUCAGUGGUUUUCCUAGAAUCUUCCUAGAUCUACACCACCCUUCACUGAUGCUCUAGAGGAGGCAGCCUCAGCUCAUGAAAAUUACCAUCAGCCCAGGCCAGGGAGGGCCCCCUGCCAUGUGGUCUGGUGAAGGGAUGGACACAGUGCCCUCCUAGGUCCCUUCUGGACAGAGGAAGCUCGAUGUGUAGGAAACCACCUAGAGCCACCCCUCCCUGACCACCUCCACCUCCUGUGCUUCCAUGGGCAGACGGGGCCUGGGAAAAGGAGGGUGACACUUGACCUCUGCCUUCUCUCUCUUGCUUCAGGUCUGAUGGUCCUGCUGGCGAUCCAAUGGGGCUCUGCUGCAAAACUGGUCUGCUACUUCAGCAACUGGGCCCAGUACAGACAGGGACCCGCUCGCUUCUUGCCUGAGGAUGUGAGCCCCAGUCUGUGCACCCACCUCAUCUAUGCCUUUGCUGGCAUGAACAAUCACCAGCUCAGCUCCAUCGAGUGGGACGACGAUGCACUCUACAAGAAGUUCAAUGGCCUGAAGAAGAUGAAUCCCAAGCUGAAGACACUGCUGGCCGUCGGGGGCUGGAACUUCGGCACUCAGAAGUGAUUCACAGAUAUGGCAGCCACAGCCAACAACCGACAGACCUUUGCCAACUCAGCCAUCGAGUUUCUGCGCAAAUAUGACUUUGACGGCCUUGACCUUGACUGGGAGUACCCGGGAAGCCGGGGGAGCCCUCCUUCGGACAAGCACCGCUUCACAGCCCUGGUGCACGACCUGGCCAGCGCCUUCCAGCAGGAAGCCCAGACCUCAGGGAAGGAACGCCUCCUUCUGAGUGCAGCUGUGCCGGCAGGGCGAAGCUACAUAGACGCUGGAUACGAGGUGGACAAAAUUGCUCACCUUAUGGCCUACGACUUCCACAGCUCGUGGGAGAGGACCACAGGACAUAAUAGCCCCCUCUACAAGAGGCCAGGAGAGGGUGGGGCAGCGGCUGAACUCAACGUGGACUUUGCCGUGCAGCAGUGGCUGCAGAAGGGGACCCCCACCAACAAACUGAUCCUAGGCAUGCCCACCUACGGACGAUCCUUCACCCUGGCCUCCUCGUCAGACCCCAGAGUGGGGGCCCCAGCUAUGGGGCCUGGAACCCCUGGCCCCUUCACCAAGGAGGGAGGGGUGCUGGCUUACUAUGAGGUCUGCUCCUGGAAAGGGGCCUCUGAGCACAGAAUCGAGGACCAGAAGGUGCCCUAUGCCUUCCAGGGUGACCAGUGGGUGGGUUUCGAUGAUGUAGAGAGCUUCAAAACCAAGGUCAGCUAUCUGAAGCAGAAGGAACUGGGUGGGGCCAUGGUCUGGGUACUGGACACAGACGACUUCGCUGGCUCCUUCUGUAACCAGGGCCGAUACCCGCUCAUCAAGACCCUGCAGGUGGAGCUGAGUCUUCCUUGUGUGCCAUUAGGCUCUCCAGAGCCAGAAGUUCUCACACCGGGCCAGCCCUCUGAACCUGAGCAUGGCCCCAGCCUUGGACAAGACACCUUCUGCCAGGGCAAAGCUGAUGGGCUCUAUCCCAACCCUCAGGACAGGUCCAGCUACUACAGCUGUGCAGGGGGGCGGCUGUUCCAGCAAAGCUGCCCAAGGAGCCUGGUGUUUAGCUCUUCCUGCAAAUGCUGCACCUGGAGUUGAGUCCCCAGGGCCGCUUCAGCCCAGCAUCCAGGCCAGGGCCCGGGAUUGCUCCACAGCCUGCCUCCCUGGCUCUUCCUGGAGCUGCAGUCUGGCCCCUGCAGGCCUCUCUGUGGUCUUUCCACAUCCAAGCCUUCUGCUCUCAGCCUUGGGUGCCUUUUGUUCUGGUCCUCCUGGGCUGCCUCUUUUACUUGCAAAAUAAAUAUGUGGUUUGAACCCCACUGCCCCAUGAUGUGGUGUC